UAUGACUGUGUGAGCUGUUCGUUCAUUGAUGUUUCAUCAUCGCAUUAGUACAUAUUUCACAUCUUUGUGAAUCGGCUACCCGUUCAGUUCAACUCAAUAAAUAUUUUCUUCUUUUCGCGAUGCCAUUUUUGCUCUGCUCAACAGAGUCAUUCUAACACACAAUUCGUGUUUUGUAGUUUAUUCGCUGAGUUUGGAUUUUCGACCAACUUAAUUUUGCAAUAACGAAACGAAAAGUUUAAUUUGUGAAUAUUUUCACUGCAGAAAGCACCGAAAUUGCAUCACAAUGAAUGGUGAAGGAACAGGACCGCCUGAUGAACACAAUUCCGACGCCAUUGCGUUGCAGAAUGAAUCGAUUUUGUUCGGAAUGGAAAUCAAACGAGAGCCGACUGUCAAACAAGAAUAUGAAGGCAACGACGGUAUUGUGAUGGUAACGAGAUCGGCACACACAGCCAAUGGAACACUUGAAAAUGCAACUGCUAGUGACCAAGAGAAUGGUACCAACAUUUGUGUCCAUUUCGACGAUCUGGACGAGGUAAAAUCGGAAGUAAAGACUGAAAAGGUUAAGGAUGAGGUGAAUCAAGUUCCACGGAAGAGCUCUGACGAAAAUCGAAAGCCACGAAACGAUGCGAACAAGCGUUUCCCGAAACCAAAAUCAAAUGGAUCGGCGGUGCGGCAAAAAAAUGUUCAGCCAAACCCGAAAAAUGUGACGUAGCAAACAGUUCCGGUGGCAAGAA